UGAAGCUGAAGGAAUAAUUAACUACAAAGGGAGGGGGAAAAAAACAUUUUAGUUUUCAUUCUGCACAUCUUUUUUCCCCAUGACUUAUCUCUCUAAGACACUUCUUUUUCUUUUGUUUUCUCUUUGCCUCACUUUACCAGGAUACAGCCAGCCCGUUUCACAAUAAAAACAGCAGAUUCUCAAUCAUCCCCUCCACUGUACAGGAAACACCCAUGAUUGCACCCAGCAGCAUCUUGAUUUCCCCAUGGAAAACCUCUGCUAUUAAGCUACCAAAUUCUUUGAUUCUUUAACCUUCCAAUUAUAUAUAUAUAUAUACACCCAUCAAUCUUCGUCACUUUUCUUCCCCGCUAGACCCUCUCUCUCCUGUUUUUUUUUUUUUUUAACUUCUAUAUUGUCCUACCCUCGAUAAUACUGAUGGGUUCUUCAUGUAACCCCUCUUCUGUCAAUGGUUUCUACAACUUUCUUGCACAAGGACUCGAUGAGCUUCACCAAUCCUUCAUUUCCCAUAACUUCAUGUCAGUUCAAUUCCUCUCAGAGGUGCUCUCAUCUCUCCGAUCCUUUCAUUCACAGUUAACAGUUUUGGUACAAAAGCUUCGCUUACCAGGUGGAGGAAAAUGGUUGGAUGAAUACAUGGAUGAAAGCUCAAGGCUCUGGGAUGCUUGUCAUGUCAUGAAAUCUGCCAUUUCUGGAAUGGAAAAUUGCUGUUCAGCUGCCUCCACUGUUGCUUCCUCACUGGAUACCUACCAGCAUCUCACUCCAGAGAUUUCACGUCAGGUUAGUAAUAUACAGAGAUUCAUUUCAGAUAUCAUACCCCGGAGGACGCCAUGA